AUGGCCUUGGAGCCGGACCGCGCGCUACCGUCUGCGACCACCGGACGUGACGGCGGUGACGGGCCGAGGGGCUCCGCGGAGGACGGCGUGCAGCAGGUGCAGCGCGAUGACAGGGUGAAGGCCCACAAGAGGCGGCUGGCCAUCGAGAACGCCGCCUUCCUGGAGCUGGCCCAUAUGCUGCCGGUCCGUAGCUCCACCAGCGGCUUCGUCGACAAGCCCACCGUACUGCGUCACGCCAUCGCCUUCAUGAAAGUUUCCCGGUUCUACCGGCGAGAUCUCCCGCAGCCUCCGAGAUCAUGUGGUGCUUCGCAGUGGGAAACAACUGAAACGUUGACGGAUGCACUGUCGGGGUUCGUCUUCAUGUUGGACGGCAACGGGUGGAUCCUGUACAUGUCAAAUUCGGUAUCCAGACACCUCGGCCAUUCUGCGGUCGAAAUGAUGGGCAACAACAUACGGAACUACCUGCAUGACGACGAUAUGGCAGUUCUCUCCAACCUUCUCAGACUGCCGGUGCGCGGCUUAACGGAUCGGGGCGAACCGUGCCAGAUGCUUCUGCGGGUGACCAACUCCCUCCGCAAAUGGCGGCCCAGCUGCAAGUCUGGCUGUAGCCGCUACGCUGUGGUGCUGUGCUCCGGCUACCGGAGUCUCUGUCAGCUGACCGAGGCGCCCAUCUCCGAGGACAAUCGCAGCAGCAACAUCCUCCUCUUAGCGAUCGGUUAUACUCUGCCACACUCCUACCUUCCGCAGUGCGAACUGGAAACGGGAAGCGGGAUGCCUGUUCGUAGUUCCCUGACAUUUUUGGGACAGAGGUGUUUCAUGUUUCGUUCCAGCUUGGGUUUGACCCCUUUCUACGUCGAGGCCGCCGUAAAAGAGCUUACAGGGUACGAGACGUUUACUUUUUCACGUUGCUCGUUGUACCAUUUCGUGCAUCCGUGUGACAUCGAGAGUGUUCGCCGGUCCCACAACGACGUUCUGGCUAAAGGCCAUUCUGUAACAGGCUACUAUCGUCUUAUAGUUCGAUCAGGUGGCUGGAUAUGGAUGCAGAGCUAUUUCUCUCUAGUUCACGCUGCAAGCACAACGAGGAAAAAGUUCAUCCUCGCCGUAAAUUACGCAAUAAGCGGCGUGGAAAACUCUCGUUUAGGGUCCCAUGAUGUCAGCUAUCCGAAUCACUUCCUCUCACUACGUAAAGGACCAGAAAUAUCCGAUAGGGGUAAAGCAAUGGAGUUAUGUCGUAGAGAAGGGAAGACUCCGUUGAAGUCCACACCUAAGAACGUCAAGUGUUAUGGCAAUUCUGAUCAGAACGCCAUUCUUGGAAGUGCAGGGAUUCCACAGAACAAUGAUCACAAUACGGCGCUGGCGUAUAACUGCGCGGACUCCAAUUUCAUGAAAUCAUUAGCGGCCAGAGAAAGCGUCAGGAACGAGCAAACUCAUACACUUUGGUCCCAGCCCCAGCGAGAAUCAGACGGAAUCAGGAGCAACGCUUCUGCAGGACGCAUAAGUGUGAACACUGCAGGUCUUAGCGGAGGCGUAGUCAAAGACAGAGUGGAGGUACAUCCAGUAGAUGAGAAGACCGUUGGCUUUGGACAAAUCGGAGCCAUCAUUGAUGAUGGGGUACAGCGCCCCCAGCAGCUGGUAGAUCUUCUUGCAGAUGUCUUCGAUACGGAGUCACCAAGUGAGCCGCUUGUCCAUGUGGACGCCGAGGUAUCGUACGGAGACAUGUCACUGGAGUUCUGUGCCGUAAAGUCAGAAUUGGCGGCGAGGAACAGUAUACGUCGAGGUGAAGAUGAUAGUCUGCAUCCCCCGGAUUGA